AGGUGGACUAGUCUUGCUUUUUGGUUAUACGUACAUCUGUGGCCACCCUUGGAGUCAGGCGUUGCCUUUCGCCCGUCAGUCCCAGCCGCUUGCCGAAUCGCGGUGGGAACAAAGGCCGGCGAGCGCCCGCCCCCUCUCUUCUGAUUGGCCGCGCGAGCUGGGCUGAUUCGUGAAAUAGAGACUCUGGGGCAAGAAGCUGCAACGGGCGCAGUUCAGCCUUUUGUUGCAUCAGGAAGAGGUCGCUGCGCGCUUCUGCAACCAUGGCACAGGUAAGCCCCCUUCCCUAACGAAAGGGCGCUCUUCCAAGACACCCCACUCCCUUUGCAGGCGCGGCAAGUCUGCUUCUCUUUCGCUAGGCUUUUCUCAGUGUCGGUUUCUGUUUUCUUCGCAUUUGUCGGCGGAAGGGUGUUGAGGUCUUGUUCCUGCUUUCUUUCUAGUUGGAAGUGUGUCUUCCACACUUCUCCUUCUGGCCGCUGCCUAAUAAAUUUCUGCUUUAUGUUGCUCCUGCAAGCACCCACACAAACCCCACCCCGCAAUAUAGGCGGCCCGGAAUGAGGUGGGGGGGUGUCUCUUUCUUUCCUCGUCGGGCAGGAGGAGACAUGAAGCGCCCUUGUUCCCGCAUCGCAGAGCACGCGCUUGUGCCUUGGUAGGCAGUGCUAAGUUCUCCAGGGGCUUAUUCCUCUGCAAAGUUGUGGCCCACUCUUAAAAGUAAGUCGCUACGUCUGAAAUAAUAGCCAGUGAUCAUUAUAAAACCACAAAUGUGAAGCGUGUACUAGCCAGGUAAAUUCUUAAAAGUUCUUCCAAAGCCGUUACUUUGUAUCUUCAGUCAUGGUGGUUGAAACUUUCCAGAAGCCAGACUUUCAAGAUUUUGCACAGUGGGUCUGCAGUCCUUAUGCAUAAUAGCUUGAAGCUGAGUUCUUGUUUAGAAUUGCUAAUACUGUACAGGCAGCCUUUUCUUUUCUCUCUCUCUCUCCCCCUCCCAUCUGGAACAGGCACUUUUGCCUAACUGAUCUAGUGGUUGAAGGAUGGAUGAUAAAACCUCAGUUUUUAUGGUAUGUGAGGCUCUUGUGUGAAAGGAUUCCUUAGCAUGCUGACUGUGGAUGCAACGAGAAUUUACAAAGUUGGGCCUGGGAAAAAGCAUGCAAAUGUAGCUGGAGAUAAUGGCCCCUUGUGGCUUCCGCUGCCAAGAGCAUGAGCAGCUUGCUCAAGGUAUCCGGCAGCACUUGGUGGCGUGUGCAAUGUCUUGGUGAAAGUGGCUUGCAGGAACUUGAACUUGAAAAAAAAUUGGGCAACAUCGGAGGCAGCCCUCGUAAGUCGUGCUGGAACAGCUUUUCUGCCAAGUGUUAGUAAAGCAACUCAUUUUGCAACCUUCCACCCUCAGGAUAAUUAUCAAGCUUCAAAUCUCCACACUAUUUGCCCAACUAAAUUCCCACACCUUGAAUCUUAUGCAUGCUUGUCUGGGAGUAAGUCCAACUAACCUGGUGGGACUUAUUUCAAAGUAAACAUGUAAAGGACUGUACCACAGUUCAUGAAGCUCUAAAACGUUUGGUGCUAAAAUUUAUUCUGAUUUAGAUGAAUUAUGUUUGCCUACAUUAAGUGUACUGAACAGCAGUAAAUCCCUUAAUUUGAAUCCUUAUUCGAAAUAGGCAGAGUUUGAAAAAGCUGCAGAAGAAGUCAAGAAGCUGAAGACCCAACCAACAGAUCAAGAAAUGCUGGAUAUCUACAGCCAUUACAAGCAGGCCACAGUUGGAGAUGUAAAUACAGGUAUGAGUUAACUUCAUACUACAUUCAAAUCCAUGCUUAGGGAUUGGUCAUUGAGCAAUCGUUGCUCAUUGGGAUUGCUCAUUGAGCAAUUCUUUCAUCCUAAUCUAUUGAGUUAUUUCAUUGAGAACUAUAAACUACUGUAUACUGAAAGGUAACGGAACUUACACCAGGUAGGUAAAGAUCCUAUAUGCUGUGUGUCCAAAUGAGCACCGUAAGUUAAAUGUGGGUAUAUUAACUGUAUGUAACACUUGAUAGUAAAUGUGCUCCCUCAAUACAGAGCUCCUUAAAUGCCCGGGGCAGCCUUUCAACGAGAUCAACUUGCCUUUCAUUUCAGACUUGCUCGUUUGCUUGAAAGCAACUUGCAAUAGUAAGCAAUUUACUUAGCUGCUUGUAACCUCUUUCAAAAUCUGCUUCAUACCAUAAAUAGUUAAAAGCAUCAGUUGCUACUGCUUGCAUACAUAGCAUGGAGUCCUGCGAUGUGCAUAGAUUUCAUACAACAGCAUAUAAAUAAGUGGAUUAAAAAGUAAUAUUGCAGCAAACAUAACUAUAGUUUCAGGUACAUCAUUUCACAUCAAGUCUCCCUAUUGAGGUGACCAUCACGGCUAACUUCUGAUACAGCAGCUCCUUUGAAAUAUGUAAUACCUCACAUACUUGAAGGAGUGUAGCCAGAUUUAGCUGGUUAUUAUGAAAGAGUAGAAACUUCGAGUGGGAUGUAACUUGCAGUAGUGCCUGCAGAAAUGUUCUACAUUUCAAAGGCCUAGUCAGGAUGAGUUGUCCGAUCCUUGCAGAGAUUCCAUGUUCUAAGUGAAGCAAUUUACCCAAUCCAGUAGUUCAGGGCAUUGCUUAACUUAUUGGCGUCCUAGUCUAACUGACUCUCAAGAGCUUUGGGCUAGGAGCACUUGCAGCUCUGAAAGAUACUUGUGACAAAGCUUGCUCUGAUUUGCACACAGCUCAAAACAAAAUGCCUUUUCUGUGAGGGUCCUUGGCAUAGAACUCGUGAAACUGCUGUGAGAAUGGCAACUAUAAACUGUUCCAAUGGAACUUGCUAUAAGUUUGAGUGACUGCCUUUAGAAGCUACAACCAGAUCCUCUUUACCCCUCUCCACAACCCUUGCUCAGUAUUGCAGUACAACAGUUAAGCAGGAUAUGAAUGUGUCUGCUGCUUGGAUGUGUUGCCAUGUUGGCACUCCAAGUAUCCUAUUGGACGAGUGUUCAGAAAGUGAAUUCCAAAAGGAUAGGUCGGGCCACUUUUAGUUGGCUGGAGCUGAGAUAGCAGACUAUUGCACAGCUAGACUAGGGUUCGCAUAACAGCCUAGUAUUACGCUUGGGUUUCAUCUUUCAAGAGGAAGGUGAAACGAUCAGAUUCGCUAGUCGAGGACAGAAGCACCCAUUUGGUAUCUUACAACUAAAAGCACACCUGCAGAGUCUUCAUGUUGCACUGGAUACCACUGUUUGGGGCAGUGGGGGUUAAUAUUUAGAUAUCCUUUGCAGGAGUAUCAAUAAGUAGCUGAAGUCAGGUUGGGGUGUCCUACAAGCAACUAUUCAGAAGAGCCCUAAAGAUGCUUGGGAAGUUAAAGUUAAAGCCCCUCGUGCAAACACAACUUUUGUACUGAUCACGAGAAUGACUAGCUGCUCUUAGAGGCCAUUCAUGUUGCCACAGCUGGUACCCUGAUCUACCAACCUACUUGGUGGUUCAACCUACAGUGGUACCUCGGCUUAAGAACUUAAUUCAUUCUGGAGGUCCGCUCUUAACCUGAAACUGUUCUUAACCUGAAGCACCACUUUAGCUUAUGGGGCCUCCCUCUGCCGCUGUGUGAUUUCUGUUCUCAUCCUGAAGCAAAGUUCUUAAACCGAGCUACUAUUUCUGGGUUAGCGGAGUCUGUAACCUGAAGCAUCUGUAACCUGAAGUACUACUGUAUUGGGUAACUCCGAAUGCAGGGAAGUUAGCUGAAAAGGGAGUCCAGUUACAGUACGUAAAACUGGAUGGAAAGUCUAGGCAUAAUUCUGCUGUUUCUGUAGCUUGUGUGUGUUUUGGAGGAUGGGGAGGGGAGAGAGGCUUGGUAGAUGAAUAAAGGAUAGCAUACUGGUUCUUGAUAAUGGGACCAACCAGAAGACUGACAUGAGUGUCCCUGUUUUAUUUUGCAACAGUGUGAUUACUGAUGGACAUGCUGCAGGAGGGAGAUCUGAAACAUUUGGCUAAUUGCCUCCGCUUCCAGUGCCAGCAGUGCAAGGGUCAGGCAGUAGCUUAGCUUCCCUCUGGGAUGACAGUGCCAACUAGAGCUAAAGGUCACCCAGUACCUUGCAAGCAGCUGGUUUUCAUGAAUAGCCCCAUUGCCAAUCCUGGAGUAAAAAUGAUAGGGCUGUGUUUGCAUGCAAUUCAUUCUGAAAUGCUAAUCAUAGAACUUGAGCACAAUACAUUUGUUUAUGUAUGCCCCACUCCUAAAGCACAGGCAUGGAAAGUAGGUCAAAAGGCAAUAUUUGACCAUCCUGGGCCUUCAGGCAAGUCCUUCUAAAAGAGCAGUCAAAUACGGACAAACCUACUACACCAAAUGCUGGUGUUCAGUAGGUUGCCAAGGAAACAAAGGCUGCUCUGGUACGGUAGCCACUACACUAGGCCAAGGCACAAAUGGUUAACUGUUACAAAUGGUUAACCGGAAGCCAGAUGAGAAGUUGCUGGCUCAGAGUUCAUUCGAUCCUUUGGAGGAUGCUGUCUCUUUUCAUACAGGGUGGCUGUAUAAAGAUUACUGGAAAUAUAUGUGAACUUAUUCAGAUGCUUGAGGUUCACUAUAUAAAUGCAAUAUAACACGGUACGAUGGAGAUUGUGAUCGGUUCCCUAAAAAACAGAAUCGCUUGGAGCCAAAAGGAAGAGGCCGUCUGUUCCAGGUGAACAUUUCCGCAAUGGAAUCUGCCCCUGUAUCUCUGUGUACCAUAGAGUAGCUAGUUGGGUAGAUCAGAGAAGAGAGUGCCAGAAUAUUGCCUUCCUUAUUGCUGAAAAGGAUCCUACUUGUAGAUGGAAGUGGAACAACCAAUAUGGCAGCAGUGGUCCCAAAGUGAGCAUCAAGUAACUACCAGAGCUUGCUCCUGAGAUAUUCUGUGCAUUUUCUGUCCCAGUGAAUGGUUGUCUUAAGUGUCCUUGGAUAUAUAUAUAUAGAGAGAGAGAGAGAGAAAUCUAUCUUUUCAGAUCUUUUUCAUUUCCAAAUGGAAUAUUGCAACACAUAUGGCAUGCAGUUUGCAUGAAAAUGUAGGGUGAUUCCCUAAUGUCAAACCACAGGGCAUUGCACCCUGCAUGAGAUUGAGCAAGUUGUCUACCAUUAAAAUUAGUUGUGAAUUGAUGAGUCAGUUUCUGAUAGGUGCAGCCAGUAUGGGCAUAUUUAUCUUAACAUCUAGGCUGCCUAACUUGGCAACACAGGCUUCCUACCUUUAUGGAAGAACAAAUAUGCAGGCACUUCUGUUGAUGUGUUAGUGAGUUGAGUUAGAUGAUCCAAAGGAAACUUGCUCAUCUUGGUUCAGGGGGCUCCAUUGUAGGCAAUACGGUGCUUAUUUUGCCGUCUCUCCAGCACUUGGUUAUCCUGGAUCCGAGAAUAUGGGUUGGCUUUUAGGUUGCACAUUAAACCAUGUAUAAGAAAUCAUUUUGAACAAUGAUUAGUAAAUACCCUUCAUCCAGGAACAAACAUGCCAUGUUGACUGAACAAUCCUUGGAUUAAAGCUGUCCUUCAAAAGUUGAGAGGCAGCAACUUUGCUAUCAUUAGCAACUCUUCAAGGGAGUACCUCUAGAUUGGAUAUCAACUUUAGAAAAACAGCUAGAAUCAGCACACAGCAAAAUGUGAUCUAUCCUAAUGGAAACUCAGAGUUAACAAACAACUUACUAUACAAUGAACAAAAACAUGCAGGAAGUAAAUAUUUGGCAGGCUUAAAGCUUUUUAACAAGCAGGACUAAACUUCUGUUUCUAGGCUGCAAAAAACAAACAAAAAUAAUAAGUAACAAAGGGAUGCCAACAUCUAUACCCCAACCAUGCUGUUGCCUCUUAAAUCUAAAUGGGAAGCUUAAGAUAAAUAAGACACUGACUGGUCAGGAUCGUGAUCAUCUUUAUUUUUAAGAAGUUGCACCUGCAAGUUCAUGCAGUUUGACUUUGUUUGUAUACCCAAAGUGAUCUCUUGUACUGUGGGGGGAAAGCAAGGCUGUUUCAUUACUAUGUUAAAAUGUCACUGUUUCAGACCGUCCUGGGAUGCUUGAUUUCAAAGGGAAGGCCAAGUGGGACGCCUGGAAUUCCUUGAAAGGUAAGCCUUAAGUGUAACAGCAAAUACAACUCAAUUGCUAUCAAAUCACUGGGAUGGCUGACUGAACUUAAUCUCACCCAUAGAUCAACAUUACUUGCCUUAACUCUAGCAGUUCAUUCCUUCAGCUUUAUGGCCUUCCUUUAAGCCCUUAGUUUCAGUGUCACAAAAGCUGGCUAUACUGCAGCUGUUUCAUGUUUCCACAUGUGCACAGAUGUGCUGGUGUCAAUGGAUGCAGUGGGGGGAGGGUAUCUGUGUUGAAACUCCUCCUAGCAGGCUGUUUCAGCACCUUUAAAAUUGCCAAGAGUCGUCUUUUAUAGAUUCAUAGCUCUGUUGUCUUAAGUGUCCUUGGAUAGAGAGAGAGAGAGAGAAAUCUAUCUUUUUGGAUCUUUUUCAUUUCCAAAUGGAAUAUUGCAACACAUAUGGCAUGAGAAGCUAGGAGGUUCCUUCGGCCAAAACACAUAACUUGCAGGGUGUACAUGGGAGUCAAGGUUGCUUGUUGCUUUCCUUUCCCCCACCUUAUCCAUUUUAAGGGAUCAUGAUCUCCACCACUUAAUCUAGUUUCAACAUACAGCUGGGCCAUCUUUUAGACUGAAUUGACUAUUCGUGUUCACAGGCUGCUGAAGUAAAGGUAAAUCUACCAUACAGUUAUGUAACAAAUGGGCACAGAGGAGUCCUUGCUUGGGUGACUAGGGCGAGGGAGGCAGGCUGAUACCAUAGAUCUAGCAUGGGUUGAACACUACUUCAUGUUUUAUCUCUGCUCACAUGCAUAAUCCUUUUUCUCUUUCAGGAAUGUCCAAAGAAGAUGCAAUGAAAGCAUAUAUUAAAAAAGUGGAAGAGCUGAAGGAAAAAUAUGGAAUGCAAUAAACCCCUUUCCUGCAUGCCUUAAAAUGGAAUCAUGCCUUACUCUACUAACUUAAACUGUGUUACACAGUAUGGCAGUGCCAAGACUUGAUGCCACUUUCUAUAAUUAAUAGCUGUGUAAAUUUACUUCUAACGGUUUGUAUAAUAAACACUAUCAAAUUCA